UUCAUGCCCACAAUACAGCGGAUAAAAUUGAACCUCCCACCCAAGAGGAAUUUGAUGCUUUACUAGACGAUUUUGGCCUCGCUAGGAGGAGAAUUGAGGCAAGAAAAACUGUUGAAGAUUCCGCAGAAUUUCUUCUGAAGUAUUGUCUGCCAGAAAUAUCAGAAGACGGCUACGAGCCAUUUCUCGAGUCUGCAGAGCUCAAAAAGACGUGCGUUGAAGAUUGCAAUGCAGCGUACGGUUAUAUACUGAUUCCUCCGGACGGUUAUGUGUCACGAGAUCUGUCAGAACUUUUUACUUGCGGAAGUCUUGUGCCCAUCACCGAUGGAAUGCCAGAUCCUGAUUUCGAUGCGUACAAAGAUCAAGACGGUCGAUCUCACUACCGCUGUUCGUGCCCUACACAUGAUGAUAUGUGCAUUGUGCUCCAGAUGUACGAUGUCGAUCCAAACGGGUGGCUUAGGGCUAAAUACGAAGGAGGAGGUCGUACUCGAAUGUUCUUGAGAGAAUCAUUCCACGGAACAGGAGUGCGGGUACUAUCGUAUGAGACAUUACUGGCACUGAUGGAUGACUUCUAUAGACAUUGGUGGAAACAAUUUUGGGAGAUAGAGCAUGUUUACAAAGAGCAUGAACUUAUACCGGCGAACGAUGAAUAUUGGAAAAACGAGGCAGAAUUCUUCAGGGAAGAACCGAAAUAAAAUAUGCGCAGAAAAUGUUGAAAAAAAAACCCCAGAGAACCGUUCUGACAAGUGUCAGAGAUUGAAUUCUAACAAUGAGUGAAUAGUUAUGUAUAUUAUCAAAAAUUAAAAAAAAAAAUAUUAUCAGA